UUGUGGCCAAUAUUCCGUGCAGUGUACUGGCAGCUAUCGCCAAGGCGCUCGCUUCAUUGCGCAGGUGUUAAGAGAGAUUAUAAGCAAACCACCGGUAUUUGCCAACAGGAUAUUAAAGCUGUUGUGACCAGUUGGAAUCCAAGAAAGGGAAAAUCAUUAAGAUGGUCUCAACAAGGCAAAUGACUGGUGCUACAUCAGAAGAAUCUAGUUUACAUCUUUGUCGCACAGUACCAACAGCAUCGACUUCUAACGUAUCUCCGAAUGUUGUGACGAUUACGUCCACCGUGAAUACAAAAGCAGCUUUCUCACAACACAUCCUCCAGCCGUCGUCUCUGACUUCAUACGGGGCCGUGCCGUCCUGCUCCAGUAAUAGUUUGAGCAACGUUGACUCGUGUGUCCUUUCAAAUGAUCAACAAGUUCAGCAGCGCCAAGAUAUAAACAUUAUGGAUCUGCCGACAGAGAUAUUGGGGCACAUAUUUUCAUUCGUAGGGUAUAAAAAAAUAGCCCACAUGCGAGUGAUAUCUCGCCAAAUGAAUAAAGUAUGCUGUUCAAUUUUGAAUUCAACAUUUCAAAAACUACAAAAUCAAAUGCAUGCCAGGUUUCAAACUGUAAAAGCUAAAAUGCCCCGCAGAGAAUCUGCCCGAAGAAAUCAUCCAUUAGCUUGCGAAUGUGAUAUCCUAGAGACAUGCUAUAUGCGCCUAUCAUUACUACAAAUGACAUUUGGCAAACAUAUCGAAAGGAAACAUUGCUGCUUUUUCCCUGGUGGGAUUCUAGAUGAGGUGUAUUCAGUUUUAAACUACAUUCGUACGUCAACAUCCUUGGAUCGACCCUUUAAAGUGACCGAUGAGCUAUUUGAUCUCUCCACAAUGGCUAUGGAAUAUUUCAAGGAGCACAUAGAGCCAAAUUUACCUGACAUUGCAUAUUUCACUAAUAGUACAAAAUCAUUUGCGGCCCUGGAAACGUCAUCGUCAAUCCUUUCCCGCGACACAUCACAUUCUAAUACGUCGUCCCCUCCGCAAAGCAAUAUGGUACUGCGGAAAGGCAUACGUAAGAUCAAGCAAGGCAUGAAACGGUACAAUAAUCAGCUGACGGUGUUACGCAGUGAACUGCGUACAUGCAAACGGAAAGCAACCGAACAGGCCAAAACAAUAACGGAACAACAAAAACUAUUAGCUGAACAACAAAAACAAACACUCGAAUUUGCUAAUAGACUUGAUGAAACGGAUAAAAAGAAUGAUGAACUCUCUAGAAAAUUUUCAACGGUUCUACAGGAAUUGAAUAAAUGCAAAACUGAGCUACAAUAUUGGCGUUCAAAAAGCCCUGCAACAACGAACCCAUACGGGCAGGUAGUGCCUUCGUAUGAGCUGCAGACCCUGGGCAGCCAAAGCAUGGUACCGUAUGACAUCGAUUUGCUAUCCAUUGGUAUUGGUCGUAAUGUUGCUACUGGAAAUGCAGAAGAUAAUAGAAAAAAAGACGACCCAGGACAAAAUAAGGAUAAACUUGAACAUAAUUCUCAAACGCCAAGAGCGAAAGGAGGGGAGUCGCUGGUGCUUUCGGAAUCUGCAGAACCACUUCCUACCACAAUGUUGACGAAGCCAGGACUGAAGAGAAAAUUGGACUCUAUAACAGCGGCAGAAAACUACAUUACUGAUUGCACUAAUGCAAAGGAUCCAGCGCGUUUGGAUGGACUAGUAUGUCUUAAUCCUCCGUUUGCUUCGGCAUCAAUAGUAGCAUCUUAUUCAUCGUCAACUUCAUCAUCAGCAAUGCACGCAUCGGCUGCACUGCCAGGUUCAGAGAAUGGAAGUAUGCUCAUCUCGUCAGUACCGUUGCCUCUGGUAGAUAACAAAAGUGCGUCUAAUAGUACUGAAAAUGCGGGUUUCGGCUUAGUGUAUUCCAGUACAGACGCAUCAGGAGAGAUGAAUGAAAUACAAAAUUUUACCAGCACAACGCAUGAUGAUAGUUCUUAUGAAACAAGCUUGCCCUUUGCCUCAGUAAAACCAAUUUUCAACAACACAAAAGCCAUUCACCAACCCAAUACCAAUCACACUUUGAAUCAGAAUAGUGAUAACAGUAACAAUAGUAGUAGCUUUAGUAGUAACGUUGAUAGCAAAAAUGAUAGCCCUAGUAACGAUAAUAACACUAAUAUUCAUAUUAAAAAAAUACGAAGAGUACAAAACAAAGCUAGAUCACAAAGUUAUAAUAGACAUAGUAAUCUUAAUGCAACAACAACCACGCAUACUAAAACCACCAGAAGCAAGCAGUUGGACAAAUUAAUCGGAAAUUAGUAAUGAAGUGGCGUAAAAUGAAGAAAGUAAGACCGAACAAUUUUUAAACUAGCCUCCUGUCGUAAAAAAGUAGCUGUAGAAUUUCUGAAAACAAGUCACACGUUAAAUCGUUCAAACUUGUGUGAAUGUAGAAAAGACGUGCUGUCGCAUAAAGACACGCUUACAAACGACCAUACGAACCUAAAAGUUUGCGUUUAAUUCUUUUCCGAUCAGUUUAUCAAUAUGUUUACAUAAUCAACAUAUGUUGAAUGUGGUCAAUUAUUAUUAUGCGCAAUUUUUUUUCCAAAUUCUUCCUUUGCUUUGAAACACAUUAGAGGGUAUAAAUAUGAAUAUUAUUUAGCUAGAAUACAGUGACAGCUUAACUAGCACAACGUACGAUUCAGCUUUUUAUUUCCUUUACUUUGGUUAGCUUUAAGACUCUUUUGCGCGAAUUUAACUUUAUGCUACGAGAAUUGCAUAAUGACCAAGACAAAUGUUAUUGUUUAGCGUAGUGAAUUAAACAUUUAUCUAAUCGCUAACGCAUAUGUUUCCAGACACAACACUUGAAAUACGAAUGAUGAUAACUUUGGGAUCCCAUUUUUCUUUUGCAGAAUGAAUUGCAAUUUAAUUUUAUUCACUCACUCUUUGUAAUUGGCCCCCUACAUAAAUUUGUUGAAAUCCUCAAUAUUUCAUGAUAUUUUAAAUGUUCGUUUUCGUGUAGCACAAACAUUUAGAAAAAUUACUUAUUUUACACAAUAUGCAUUAUAGCCGUUAUAUUUUUACAUUGAUAAUAAUUCCAAAAUAUCGCGUUUUAUUUACUAACACGCAGUGAAUAAAUAUUCCAAACUGCAAGUAUGCAGCAGAAAAUGCUAAAAGAAAUUAUCAUUCAAUAGCAGUAUAUUGUGUAGUUCGACCUAAAUUGGAUACGUUGCGCUUAACCUUCUUAGUGUAUUUUAAUUAUUAAAAAGUAGAUGAUCUGCAUUAUUUUGUUCUAUAAUAAUGGGGAACACCUACCAGAUAGGAAUGACAGUGUAUCAUUUCAUUUUUGUACCCUUCAUUUCCACCACUCGAUGCUUUGCAACUCUCUUAUACAAAGUUUUCUUGAAGAUGUAACACGCAUUCUUUUCGAUAUAAAAUAUUAAAAAUGAUCUUGCUAUUAGCAUUUGGAUUUGAUUGUAUUUUUUUAAUCUAAAUUUGUAGUACUAAAUUUUAAAGAUUCUGAUAAACGCGAGUUUAAUCAAUGCGUUCUUCGUAAAGUUGUCGCUUAUGCAGAUUGCAUUUGUAUUGUUUUUUUUGUUUGACCUUUACUUGUAACAUUCAGAAUGAUUUAUACUCCAGUAAUGAAAACUAAAAUGGAUUAUUUAAUACCCUUUUCACAUAACACAUUAAUCAGAUUUCAUUUUUUAUACCAAGCUUUGAAUCAGUACGUGAUUAAUUUGAGACUCAACAUUAACAAAUAUCACUCUUCACUUAAUUUACGCAAAAAGACAAAUAUGUAAACGGGUUGUAAAUAAUUGCGUUAACAUAAACCAGUAAAUUAAGUUUAUUUAAUCAACACGAAAUUAAUAUGUGCAGUAUAGGGGUGGAAAGUGCUACAAAAACCCACCGAAAAUUUGAAUUUGUACCAGUUUUUGUACUAUAAACUCUGCAAGCAAUGUUAGUUUUGUUUAUCUUCCAUCAUAGUUCUUUCGACAACUUUUGGCUGAAGCAAUUUAUCGUAGCACAAUUGAUAAUUUCGAUGUACACGCUUACGCGAGACAAGGCUAUGGUGUGUAUGUAUAUAUAAUUUGUGUGCACAAUCGAUCUAAUAGAAUGGGCCGCAUCAGUUUUACAAAGCUUGGAACAAAAAAAUAUGAAAAUUGAUAUGAAAAUUUCGUUUAAUUCAAAUUACUGUUCAAUUUAUGCUUUCAAUAACAGCAUAAUAUUCACGCAUUAAUGUUAUAAUCCCACAUCCCAUGUAGAUGAAAGUAAAACUUCAAUUAAUUGUACUAGUAAAUAAGUGUGAGAGAUGUACUAGAAACAGAUAAUUGGCAGAUUUUAAAAAUCUGCUAUCCGACUUUUGCUUUCAUGUGUAAACACGAAGAAAUACACAAAACAAAUUGGUACAAUAAAGGUGUGUAGGGAAAACAAAAUCAUGUAACAUGUAUAAUUGAUCAAACAGAAUUUUUGCUCGACACUUACUAUUGGUUUUGUAAUAGAUGAUAGUUUUGUAAGCAAACAGGCUAACGUUUUUAUGGUCAAAAAUGAAUAAAAAAAAAAGAAAACGAACCGCUGGCAACCAAAACCCAAUCUGAAAACCGAAAUGAAAAAAGGAUGAAUACUUGCAAUAGACGGCAAAUGCAAUGAACGCAAAAUUGAUUAUUGCAAAUCAUAGCAAAAGCAUGGAUACAACAAAUGUUAUAUUUUACCUGUCAGUUGUUUAACUGGAACAAGUAAGCAAAUUUUUAACUAUUGCUCAUCUACUCCACAUAAUAUGAUAAUACUAUCAAUAUUAUAAUAAAAAGUGUAAUGUUUUCGAAGGCUACACUGAAAAAGCAGAUAGUAACAGAUCGUCCAAUCUGAUUACAAGAAUUGUUAUGAAAAAAACACAUAUAAAAACGAUUGUGAUCAAUCUUGAAAACUUGGAGUAUAAUGGUUACUUCUAAGCAAACCAACAGCAGACCCACAUAUGUUCGGUGUAGUAAAGAGUAUCCUGCCAAAUGAUGUCCUAUCGUAACAAAAAGCGUAGAGAAGAGUAAUGUGCAUGCUGAGUGUAGACUUCAUUUGUGAAGUUAAUAAACGAAAUCCAAUAAAUUACUAUUAACGAAAUAUGUAAUACAGAAACAAAACAGAACAACGCUAAAUUCUAUGACAUUAGCGUGCUUUAAACAACGUUGUAGUUUUUGUAUCCGUUCUCUGUUCGAUGAAUUGUUGUAGGUCCUUUUUCUUGCUUUGUUAUCCAAGUUCCUUGAAUAUCAAGUAGAGAUCCCACACGAUAACUCUACUUCACGGUUCAUUCGUGUCUAAAUCACAUGCAAAAGUAAAAAUUUCCAAGAAAACGAAUAGCAUUAGCGAACCGCAUGAUCAUCUGCACUAGUGGAAGUAAAAGUUAAAGAUAAGUAACGAGAAUAGAGUGUAUCGAUAAAAGAGCACCGAUCUUCGAUUAAAAAAUUAAAAAAGUCGGCUACAAACAACUGUUACCUUUAAAUGUACUUGUUUCUCUAAAAUCACAAAAACACAUACAGACGUACAGGCAUGCCGCCUGUAACAAACGAACAAAUUUGCCAAUCGCAUAUUUCAACUUGUUUAAUGACAGAAAUGUUUACAAUUUGAAUUUGUUAACCGAUGGGUUGAAAAUAUUGUCACAUGCUGCAGACAUUAAGAAAAAUCACAACAAGAUACAAGACAAAAACUUUCUUUUGCUUCUUGUUGCACAUCUUAGUAAUGAGUUUGAGCGAACUGGCGCUAAUAACGAGGCGCAAUAGUAAGGGAUACAAUAGCACGGAUAGUAUGAU